CGGAAGUUGGCUUGAGUUUGAAUCUGGUGUCUGAGUUUGAAUCGCGGGGUCGCGGACUUCUAAGUGAAGUGUUGCAUUAAGGACUCUUGGAUCUUAGACAUAUUCAGGCAUGCAUAUGAAAGAAUCAAGAUAAUUAACAAUGGCUAUCACUGAAGAAGAUCUGUGUCACCACAUGAAAGUAGUGGUCCGUGUGCGUCCUGAAAACACAAAAGAAAAGGCAACUGGAUUCCAUAAAGUGGUUCAAGUUGUAGACAAUCAUAUUCUGGUUUUUGAUCCCAAGCAAGAAGAACUCAGUUUUUUCCAUGGGAAGAGAACUCUAAAUCGAGAUAUUGCAAAAAAGCAAAACAAAGAUCUUAAAUUUGUAUUUGAUGCUGUUUUUGAUGAAACUUCGAGUCAACUGGAAGUUUUUGAACACACUACUAAACCAAUCCUUAAUAGUUUUUUGAAUGGAUAUAAUUGCACAGUGCUUGCAUAUGGAGCCACCGGAGCUGGGAAGACCCACACAAUGCUAGGAUCCGCUGCUGAACCUGGAGUGAUGUACCUAACCAUGGUAGAACUUUAUAAAUCUAUGGAUGAGAUCAAAGAAGAGAAAGUAUGCAGUACUGCAGUUUCUUAUCUAGAGGUAUAUAAUGAACAGAUCCGUGACCUCUUAGUAAACUCAGGGCCACUUGCUGUUCGGGAAGAUGCCCAAAAAGGAGUGGUCAUUCAGGGUUUGACUUUACACCAGCCUAAAUCCUCAGAAGAAAUUUUACAGUUACUGGAUAAUGGAAACAAAAAUAGGACACAACAUCCCACUGAUAUGAACGCAACAUCUUCUCGUUCUCACGCUGUUUUCCAGAUAUAUUUACGACAACAAGACAAAACAGCAAGUAUUAAUCAAAAUAUCCGUGUUGCCAAGAUGUCACUCAUUGACCUGGCUGGGUCUGAGAGAGCCAGUACUGCCAAAACUAAGGGAACUCGGUUUAUAGAAGGCACAAAUAUUAAUCGAUCACUAUUAGCUCUUGGAAAUGUCAUCAAUACUUUAGCAGAUACAAAGAGAAAGAAUCAGCAUAUUCCUUACAGAAAUAGCAAGCUCACUCGCUUGUUAAAGGAUUCUCUUGGAGGAAACUGUCAAACUAUAAUGAUAGCUGCUGUUAGUCCUUCCUCUAUGUUCUACGAUGACACAUAUAACACUCUUAAGUAUGCUAACCGUGCAAAGGAUAUUAAAUCUUCUCUGAAGAGCAAUGUUCUUAAUCUCAACAAUCAUAUAACUCAGUACGUAAAGAUCUGUAAUGAGCAGAAGCAAGAGAUUUUAAUGUUAAAAGAAAAGCUAAAAGCCUAUGAAGAAAUGAAAGCCUUUACUGAUGAAAACAAGGCACAGCUAGUGAUUUCAAACCCUCAGAAAAAGGAAAUUGAGAGAUUUCAAGAAAUCCUGAACUGCUUAUUCCAGAAUAGAGAAGAAAUCAGGCAAGAAUAUCUGAAGUUGGAAAUGUUACUUAAAGAAAAUGAACUUAAAUCAUUCUAUCAACAGCAAUGCCACAAACAAAUAGAGAUGUUGUGUUCUGAAGACAAACUAGAAAAAGCCACUUGUAAACGAGAUCAUAGACUUGCAAUGCUGAAAACACGUUGCUGCUACCUAGAGAAAAAAAGAGAGGAAGAAUUGAAACAACUCGAUGAUAAUACUAAUUGGCUCCAUCGCUUGAAAAAAGAAAUGGAACUCUUAGGUCAAGAAGGUCACAUUCCUAAGGAACUCAGUAAUGAUCUUCACUGUCACCAUUUGCAACUUCAAAAUACAGAUUUAAUGACACAGAUUAAGCAUAUGAAAGAUCUGGCUUGUCUUCAAGAACAGCAGCAUAGACAGACAGAAGCAGUACUGAAUGCCUUACUUCCAGUCCUAAGAAAGCAGUAUUGUGCAUUAAAAGAAGCUGGCCUUGCAAACAUUGCUUUUGAGUCUGACUUUAAAGAAAUUGAACAUUUGGUAGAGAGGAAAAAAGUAGUGGUCUGGGCUGAUCAAACUACAGAAAAAACAAAGCAAAGUGAACUACCAGAAAUUUCUACUCUUAUGACUUUUCCUCAGCUUGGACCAGUUCAGUCUAUUCCUUGUACCUCUUCAAGUGAAUCAAAUUUGUUUAAUAUUCCUCCACAAAAAAGAACGAGAAGAAAACUUAUGUGCACUCCUUUGAAAGCAGAACAUACCCAAAAGCCUAGCUUGUCUGAAUGUGUACAUCUCAAUGAUUCCCUUAGCAAAGAACUCCAACCUAUUGUAUAUACUCCAGAAGACAAUAGAAAAACUUUCCAUAAUCCAGCCACAGUGACAUUACUAAAGCCAUCAUUGCAUGCUACAAACUUUCCAGCCACCAGUAUAAAUAUAAACAGUGAUACUAUGAAAGCAUUACAUGAAAUAGACAUCCCUCUCAAUACAACUGAAAAAUAUGAGCAGGAGAAUUUGGAUUCUACAUUUACUAUAUGCAGAGAUAACGGAAACCAAAAGAGCAAAUUUUCUGAGCAAGAAUCACUACCAAACAGUGAUAUUUUACAAAGACUUGCCUCUUCUUCACUUUCAAUGAAGAAUUCUCUGCCAGUAAGAAACAUAGUACCAUCCUACAUGGCAAUGACUGCUGCUGCCAAAAGAAAACGGAAAUUAACAAGUUCUGCAUCAAAUACUUUGUCAACUGCUGAGGCAAACUCUGGAUUUGUCAAACGUAUUCGACGAGAUAAUUCAAGUGAUAGUGAUAAGAACUUACAGGAAAACAAACCAACAAUGGAAUAUAAAAGAUACAUCCAUAAAGUAAAGCCACGCAUGGUUAAACAAUAUGGAAGAAAUAUUUCUAAGGAAAAUUUAAGAUAAGCCACAUCAAAAUCAAAGACUGUGAAACUGACAGAUCUACUGGGGAAAGUGUCUGUUGCCAAUGCCCUUUCAGAAGCUUACUGUAAAUUUUAGAAAGAAGACUAUUUUAAAAGCCAGGUUUGCCCAAAUAUCUUCAGCAAGCAGAAAAUAGAAUUCUUUCUGUUUUGAUAGUUUUCAUGCUGAGCAAGUAUAAAAUUUCAUCAGCAAAGGUUAUAUUGGAAAGAGAUUUUAGAAGUGAUAAAAAUUAUGGCCCAAGAUUUAGUUGGUCUUAUUAUUCUAAUAACAUGGCUUUCCUUUCAAAAAUAUGUUAAUGUAAAAAAUGUAGAUGCACGUAUUCAUAGAGUUGUAAAUAUUAUUUAAAUAUUUUUCAUAAAUAAAA